AUGCUGCGAAUGAAGAGCGUCUUCUGCAGGUACAGGAGUGGGUGGUGGUUCGCGGAGGCUCCCAGCAGUGCAGUUGGUGGGGGUAGCUGCGUGUGCGGGGUCAGCCGCAUGAGCACACUUAACGCAGCCCAUUCAGUUGGCCCAAACCACCUCGUCCGCCCCGUUGACGGGCUUAGUGGAGGCACCCGAGUGCGACGCAUGAGCAGCGACAAGGAACUCUCGACAGACGUGUACGACACAGUCGUCAUAGGGGGGGGCGUAACCGGAACGGCCCUCCUCUUUCUCCUCUCAAAAUUUACAAACCUGAAGAAGCUAGCCAUCAUAGAGAGGCGAAGUGAUUUCGCUCUCGUCGCUUCCCACGGAAAGAACAACAGUCAGACGAUACAUUGCGGAGAUAUAGAAACCAACUACUCUUUUGAGAAGGCCAAGUUUAUAAAGCGAUAUGCAGAUCUGUUACGAAAUUAUCUGUGUCAUUUGCCAGCCGAAAAAAGAGAAGACAUUUCAAGUGCAACUCAGAAAAUGGUCCUUGGGGUAGGUGAAAAAGAAUGCGAUUUUUUGGAGAAAAGAUAUCCCGUAUUUAAGACCCUAUUCAAAUCUAUGAGGCUGUAUAAUAAAAAUGAUAUCCAUAGUGUUGAGCCUCGAGUGGCUUUAAAAAAUGAAAAAACUCUUCGAGAGGAGACCAUAGCAGCUUUGUACAUGCCACCAGAAUUAACGACGUGUGAUUAUCAGAAACUUUCAAGCAGUUUCGUUGAAUCGGCUAGAAGUAUGAAUAGUGUGGGGUCGAAGAAGAUCUCCAUUAACCUAAACACCGAAGUUACAAAUAUAGAAGAAGCAAAUGAGUCAUUAUAUAUCAUACAUACGAAUAGAGGAAUCAUUAAGUCAAGGUUUGUCGUUGUCUGUGCCUGUGGACAUUCUCUCAUGAUUGCACAGAAAAUGAAUUACGGCUUGGAAUACAGUUGUCUUCCAGUGGCUGGAAGCUUCUACUUUUCUGGUAAUGUUCUUAAGGGGAAAGUAUAUACAAUACAGAAUCCAGCUCUCCCAUUUGCAGCCGUUCAUGGAGAUCCUGACAUCAUCGAGAAGGGCAAGACUCGCUUUGGACCCACUGCUCUCCCACUUCCUCUACUAGAGAGGGAUAAUAUGAACACACUAAUCGAUUUUUUAAAGGUAUGGAAUCCUGACUUGAGUCUUUUCCACGUCUACUUUAACCUUUUUAGAGAUAUGACCAUGCUGAAAUAUGUGUGUCGAAAUUUCCUCUUUGAAAUACCUAUCCUUAAUAAGUACUUAUUCUUGAAGGACGUGAGAAAAAUCAUUCCUUCUUUGACGACACGAGACCUAUCCUACUGUGUUGGCUACGGGGGGGUCAGACCACAGCUCAUAAAUAAGGUCAGCAAGAAGCUUAUCCUUGGAGAGGGAAAAAUAGACUCGGGGAAGAAUAUCAUUUUUAACAUCACGCCCUCCCCGGGGGCCACCACCUGCUUGGGAAACGGCGAGUUUGACAUGAACACCAUAUGUGACCGCCUCAACGCGACUGUGGACAAAGCCGCGGUGGGCAAGUUCCUCUAUCAGGGGGACUACCCCGUCGAUUAUUUGUAG